UCAAAAUGGCCGAAGUGAUGGAACUUAUGCGAAAGUAUUUUACCAGUCCUAGUAUGUUGAAAAGGUGAUCGAAAAUUCUACCGAGGUCUACUGGAGCUUGAUAGCUCUGUAAAAUAUGGCAGGUAUGUCAAAUUUGAAGGACGACGACAGUUCCAGUUUUUAUACUACCCCUGGCGAUGACGUCUUCCAUUUUUCGAAUCUCUCCCCAAGUCAUAUGUCCAUACUUGAAGAGAGCGGACCAUUUGUUGCUCUAGUAUUGUCCUGUUGGGAUAAUUUGUUGGGGCCGAGACUGCAACAUGUGUGGAGAGGAAAUGGAGACACGGAGUCCCAGGAAAAUAGUGUCAAGUAUGUGGUUGGCCGAACUGUCCAUGGAGAACUCUUGCGGGAUGCUCCUGAGAAUGUGGUGGACACAAAACUAUUUGUGCUGAAGGACCACGGCAUUGUGUGCCAUUCAUUUAUUUUCUCAGGCUGUGACAAGUCAGGCACCAACCUCUCUGGUCUUUCGCUCAUCAUUCCAUUCUCAGAAUUUAAAAAUUACUUGCCACUAUUGGAGUUGGUGGAGGAGCGAGUAAAGAUUCUUAUCGCAAAGUUGAGAGUCUUACAAGCCAAGGACUUGGCAUCUUCCCUGUCUGUAUUCAGCAAGUAUCUACCUCGCUUUAUCCAGACCAUCACAAGUCUGAAAACAGCCGGCAUCCCUGACUCCAUUCCAUUGAGUGAGACUUCCUUUGGCCCAGGACAAGCAAACAGUCUAGAUGAUCACUUCCUCAGAAGAGUCAUCACGUCUCACUUGCAAACAUUUGGAAGUACUCUAGUAGUAGGGAAAGCCUUGGACAAAGUCAACUUGAUGGUUAAUACUUUGGCAUUGAUGCUUUCUCCAGAGGAGCGCAAGCGGUCGCGGUAUGCAGUAGAUACAUUUUCUAAUGACAGCAGUGACUUUUAUGACUCCGAUUUAUACGUGCAGGGCUUGUUAAAGAGUUCCAAAGAGCUGUUUGGUCUACCAGUGAAAGGCAUUAUCACCAGUAGCCUGCCCAGUACUCUGGUUGACAUGGAUACGAUGGAAGUCAAACAGACGUGCCCCUUUAACGAGCACAUCAUCAUCCGCCGAGAGUUUAUUAACAUUGAGUUAGCACUUUUGUCCGAAGAAGCAGAGGAUGCACCUGUUUUCCCGGAAUUGGGUUUGCUCCAUAACUCGGAAGAAAUCGGUCUCUUGGUACAAACAUUCCUGCAUGACAUCCAAAUUCUUCCGUAUGUUUGUGGUGUUCGUGAAGGAUUCAUUGACAACUUUUUACGACUUCUCGACCGAAAAGGUCUCGCGCUCAUCAAAUACCUGGAAACACAAUCGUCAUUUGGUACGAUGCCACUUAAUGACGCAGCUAAGCGGCAGUUACGUCAGGACUUACAGCUGGCAACUGAAGCUGAUUACUCCAUUGUCUUGACACGGGCAGAGAAAUUACAUCCGGGAAUUUACACGUUUUUAAAAGGCGAUCCCAGGCAAAACGCGGACCGUGUCCAGGCCCUUUUCGAGUCGUUUUGAAGACCACGUGAAAAGAGAGGAAACCGGAAAGAAGCAACUGUGACCAAUGGCAAUUGAUCUGUCCAGCCUCGUUCUCAUCAGGCUCUAGUCGCUGUUGGCUUCAGUUAGUUUCUAAAUGUUUUUGGACAUGCAGACAUCCCUGAUCGCUUUUUUUAAUACGUUGUGAUGUGGAUCGUCUGAGACUGUCGUUUGUUUGAUAACCAACCAAUAAACGCCUCCGUUCUCAAGGAUAGCAUUUGGCUGUUUAGAUAAGGGUCGAAAACGUUGAUUAAAAUCUGAGAAAUUGCAAGAAAUCGUUUGAAGAAGAGUGUACAAGAAAAUUAAAUCAAAGGAUAUUUUGAAAGUGAGUUCAAAUUUGAUAUGCCAUGGCAGUCGAUUGGAGAUGAUCCUUAUAUAUUGAUUCCAAUCUAGGCAAUGGAAAAACUUAAUUAAAGCUUGCAAAAAUUAAAGCCUUCAGAAGACAUGAAUUGGUGACUUCCUAACUAAACCACGGUUAAUAAGUGGAACGCGCUCUCGAAUUUCGUCAAAGGCCUGAAUUUUUAAGGCCUUGGUUUAUUGUAGUUUUGAGUAUAAAUUUUGUUCUCAGUUGUAAAUAAAGCUUUCAAAAGUGCACUGUUUUAAGAAUAUCAAAAAUAAAGAAAAAUUAUUUUCCUAUA